CAUAAGCGCGCAAUGCGUGACUGGCAACGCACAGGCUUGUUGCCUGAGGCUUGGCGCCGCUCGGCAGUUGAAGCAGACACUGCCAGAGAACCGCAAGAUGGAACUAACUAUCAACUGAUCUCACAACAUCGGCAUGUGGCUGCGGUAUUAUUUCCGUUUGCACGGAUGGGCAGCCGACAGAUUUGCCGUCAACAUCACGUCUAGGAACCUGACUUGACAAUGCUAUUUAAGGCAGCUGUCUUCCUCACCCCAGACUUCCCCACAACCAAGCAUCUUUGCCUGCGCACACUCACUCUCAUACCCGCCCACGAUGUCUUCCACUCGUCAAUUCGAUCCGGACUUCACUCCUUAUGUCGUCAACGCUAUGGGUCCUAAAACGCCGGAGCGUGCGCGCGUGGUUCUCGGCUCUUUGAUCAAGCACAUUCACGAGUUUGCUCGAGAGGUCGAGCUCACCCCAGCCGAGUGGAUGCUUGGCGUCGAGUUCAUCAACUCCAUUGGCCAGAUAAGCACCCCGAUACGCAACGAGUGCCAUCGUAUCUGUGACGUGAUUGGCCUCGAAUCCCUGGUUGACGAAAUCGCCAACAAAAUCGUCACUGAACAGGGAAUAUCCCCUACCUCCAACGUCAUUCUAGGCCCAUUCUGGUCACCUAACGCUCCGUUCCGCAACCUAGGCGACAGUAUUAUUCAAAACCCGAACCCUAACGGCAAGGUCACCUAUAUGCAUGGUGUUCUUAAAGAUAUGGAAACUGGUGAGCCCAUCGUCGGUGCUGUCCUUGAUAUUUGGCAAGCCUCUGCCAACGGCAAAUACGACUUCCAAGACCCAGACCAAACCGAAAACAAUCUGCGUGGAAAGUUCACGUCGAAUGAGAAAGGGGAAUUCUUCUGGUAUUGCUACCACCCUACGCCCUACUCGUUACCCACCGAUGGCCCAGCGGGCGUGCUUCUCAAUUUAAUGGACCGCUCCCCAAUGCGACCUGCUCAUAUACAUCUCAUGAUCACCCACCCUAAAUACGCCACAGUCAUCAACCAGAUUUAUCCUAACAACGACCCGCACCUUGAUAUCGACUCUGUUUUUGCUGUGAAGGAUGACCUUGUUGUUGAAUUCAAACCAAAGACCGAUGACCCCAAAGCACAGCUUGAUCUUGAAUAUAACGUACAAAUGGCUCUUAAAAAACAUCAUCCCAAUCCAUAUUCUGCACCCCCCGUUUCUUCAUUUGAGCGUCACAAUAAGGCUACUCAAAAGCUUUGACGAGGCUGCGUUCAAGGGUGACAUGGAGAGCUUUUAUGUAUAUAGUUACUGAUUUUUUUGGUUAUAAAGAAUAUUGUCAAUCUACGUGCAGAUUGGCGAGCGAUGAAUGAACGAAAUUAUUAUAAGCGAUAAUUUUUCCCGUGUCCGCUCCAAAGAAUGAUGCAGGUGUUGCUUGAUGUUCAAUGUUCUUUUUUUGGACGUACGUACAAUGUGAAAAGGGGGACUUGAUACCCAUCUCUUGGCGACGUUUUUUCGUCGUACGUAUACUACCAUAUAUAUAUCUGCAAAAGGGUUAUCAUCCAAUUCCAUGAGAAUACUUGAAUAAAAA